CCAAUAUACGAACAUUCCUCACGCAUUUUGACGCAGUACUGCUGGAACUAGGCAAAUAGGCAGAAAAAUCUCAUUAACAGUUAUAGUAACUAGGUUUUAGGUCAAUCACACUCACGUUUAGGAAGAUAAGCGACUUACUAAGCGGACAUUUUUAAUUAGGAAUUGAGCAUCUUAGGAAGUGCAGCCAAGCAAGAUGUCACUAUCGAAACCGUUCUACAGUCUGCUAGGGGCGUACUUUGAGCAACUGUUCAACCACCCGGUGCGAACCAAGGCCAUCACCAGCUGCGUCAUCGCCACAUCAGCCAACUACUGCUCCCAGAAGAUAGCCGGCACGAAAAAAGUUAACACCGACACACUGGUAGCCUAUGGACUGUUCGGAUUGAUCUUCACCGGGCCGCUGUCGCACCUGUUCUAUCAAUGGCUGGAACGGAUCACAAACGAUCGCCGCUUCAAGCAACUGCUGAUGCUGCUGGGUGAACGGGCCAUCUUUGCCCCGGCCAUCACGGCCCUGUCGCUAUACUUCAUCACCCGGUUCGAGGGCAAAGGCCACGAAGAUGGCGUUAGCAAUCUGAACGAUCUGUACAAGUUGAUCGUCUUGAACAAUUGGAAGUACCUAACGCUCCCGGUGCUGAUCAACUUCAGAUUUGUGCCUCCGAUGCUACGCGUGCUUGUCGCCAACAUCAUCGGCUUCUGCUGGAUCGUCUUCCUGUCGGCCAAGCGCCGAAAGGCCGAACUUCUGCGCCGCCAGGCGGAGGAACAGCGAAACUCCUGAGUGACGGAGAACGUCUCUUUCUGGCCUUUCGCCGUCUUGACGGAGAAACGCUGGAAUGACGACGACGAUGUUGACAACUACGUAGCACCGGAGAAGCCCUCGCCGAGUGAGAAGCUAGCCGGGGGCAUAUCAGCGUAAUAACGCGUAACUGUUCCGAAACAAACCAAACAAAACAAAUCCGCAGCAAUCAGCUCAGUAGUUUUUUUUUUAAUUUUCUUGGAUAAGCAUUCCAUAAGUAACAAACGGAAAAGACAAAACGAUAAACGGUAGAACAAUUUCCGCGACAAUUAACGACAUAAGCCAGUAACAACAAUAAAGCAGAAACAGAGAACAACAAUUAGCAAAAAUUGCAGGAUAUACCAGUAAAUAUUGAUAACAACAAAUAAGCAAAACAAACAAAAAAACCAGCAGCCUUUUUUAAAUUCGCAUAUAAAUAAGUAUAAAACAGCAGCAAAAGCGCGCGCGAGAGCUAUCGGUGAAUAAGGAGAAAUAAUAACAUUGAGCAAAAACAAAAGUUAAAGCAAACAAAACUAGGAUACGUUUCAAAUAUAGGCGAAACUUGUUCAGCAUUUAAAGUAAAACAAGACAAAAAAAAAAACACAAAUUUGCUUCCUUGGUAAAAUAAUGCAAUAAUCAUCAUUGUGGGGAGGAUAUUCCGUUUUAAUUAUCUAUUAGUAGAAUUGAUCAAUUAUUCACACGCCAGACACGUGUUUAGUUUAGGGGUUAGGGAGGUGCGAAAGACUUUUUUUUCUGUUACACUUUGUUCUUGGAUGUAAGUUUAGUAAGAUGGGGUAAAAUAAAGCAUUUUAUAUCACA